UUACGGCCACCACAACCUCCUGUGUACCUCUUUGUGUUUGAUGUAUCUCACAACGCAAUAGAAACUGGAUACUUGAAUUCAGUUUGCCAGAGUUUGUUAGACAAUCUGGAUCUGCUUCCUGGCAACACUAGGACAAAAAUCGGUUUCAUAACAUUUGAUAGCACUAUCCAUUUCUACAGUCUUCAGGAAGGUCUCUCCCAGCCGCAGAUGCUAAUAGUUUCAGAUAUUGACGAUGUUUUUAUACCCAUGCCAGAAAACUUACUAGUAAACUUAAAUGAAAGUAAAGAGCUUGUGCAAGAUUUACUGAAAACUUUGCCACAAAUGUUUACUAAGACACUGGAGACUCAGAGUGCCUUGGGUCCUGCACUUCAGGCUGCAUUUAAGCUGAUUUCACCAACUGGUGGUCGAAUAUCUGUCUUCCAAACACAACUCCCAACGCUUGGUGUGGGAGCCCUGAAACCACGAGAGGAACCCAACCAAAGGUCAUCUGCUAAGGAAAUACACCUGACACCAUCCACUGACUUCUAUAAGAAAUUAGCCUUGGACUGUUCUGGCCAGCAGGCAGCUGUUGACUUAUUCCUUCUCAGUGGACAGUAUUCUGAUUUGGCUUCUCUAGGCUGUAUUUCUCGGUACUCAGCAGGCAGUGUCUAUUACUAUCCCUCGUACCAUCAUCAGCAUAAUCCAGUCCAAGUACAGAAAUUACAGAAGGAACUACAGCGGUACCUCACUCGGAAGAUUGGAUUUGAGGCAGUCAUGAGGAUCCGGUGUACCAAAGGUCUUUCCAUUCAUACUUUCCAUGGGAACUUCUUUGUCCGUUCUACAGACUUACUGUCUCUUCCCAAUGUCAACCCAGAUGCUGGGUAUGCUGUUCAGAUGUCAGUAGAAGAAAGUCUUACUGACACUCAGCUGGUUUCUUUUCAGUCAGCACUCUUAUAUACAUCAAGUAAAGGUGAAAGAAGAAUUCGUGUCCAUACUUUAUGUUUGCCAGUAGUUUCCACCCUUAAUGAAGUCUUUCUUGGAGCUGACGUUCAAGCAAUUUCAGGGUUAUUGGCCAACAUGG